AAGAGAAAUUCUGGCAGAUGCUGAAUGCUUUUGGUUGCAAUCGAAGAUGCUGUUUUCGCAUUGAGGAGUAAGAAAUCCGUUUCGAAGGUUCAAGUUUUCAAAGAUUCAACAAGUGUUCCAGUCUUUACUGUGUUUUAAAAUGCCGUACAGAACGUGUGAAGCUUCGUUCUGCAAAAAUAACAGUACAAAUGUUAAGAAGCUUAACAGGCUUGUUACUUUUCAUAGUUUUCCGCAAGACUAUGAGCAAAACCGACAAUGGAAGACUUUUUGCCGACAGGAUGCAAAUUGGCGUCUGUCUCAAUGUAGCACUAUAUGCUCAGAUCAUUUUAAGGCUGAGGAUUAUCAGUUACAUCAAUCCCCAUUGAAUCGUCAUAGUUUGCGAGCGUUGAAGCUAACAGCUAUCCCUUCUGUUGCAUGUAAUCAAACGUCGCACGCAAGUAUGAAGCAGCGAGAAAAAAAGCGUACUCUUGCUACAAACGAUCCAUAUAAGUCGGAGGAUGAUUUGGAAAAUGAAUUUAUUGAGCCCUCUCUCCUAAAUGAGAAGCAGCUGGAAAAAGAAUAUACACAUAAAAGAAAAGCUCUUUGCAACUCGCCCACUCGAUCGGAAUGCAGUGUAAAUAUUGAUCAUCUAUAUGAUCCGCUAGGAAAUGCGCAACAGAGUCAAUUAAAUGAGAUUCAAGAAGAGAUUAAAGCCCUGGAAUCAGAGAAUCAGAAAUUGGUUAAAGUAAAUCUACAGCUGAGGCUCAGGUUAAAAGAAAUUGAAGGUGAAAAUGAUGAUCUGAAAGCAGAACGCGAAAGAAUCCAAAAGGCACUUAAUAAUAAGGGUCGAAGUAAUUUAGAUCACGAAGCUUAUUAACAUAUUUAGAUUACGAAACAACAAAAAUUGUACCUAUUACUAAAGAAAAUUUGAAAUAUGAAUUAUUGAUUAAUCAAGUAAAUGUUAUUUUCCAACUGUUAUAAGAAAACGAGUUAAGUGACCGUUGGAAAGUUAAGAAUGACCAAGAGAUAAUCAAGACAACGGAAAUAAAUAUUGAACUUAUCUUAUUACCUCAA